AUGGGUUUCCCUUACUCAAGCUCGCUUUCAACGGAUCUAUCUAAUCUGGACGACGCUGUCUUUACAGGAAGAAGAUAUGGGAUGAGCCUAACCAGCGACAACGACGAACAUUUCUCUAAUAUGCAUUUUCUUUUUAUUUCAUUCUGUCUGGCAUCAUUCGAGGAGCACAACAUUGGUUGGUUGCAACGCAGGGAUGGAUGGAUGUCUAUGUACCGACCGUCAUGGAAGUCAAGCUCACGCUGGGUCUUUUCAUUGACACUCUUCCCUGCUGAAUUAAAAAUUCCUCUACCAAAGGAGCUGGUUUUCUUGCUUUCUUGCUUGGAUGGCUCACGGAUUUCAUCUCCGCUGCUCCAAGUUCUAGUCUGUCCCAUAUUUCCCACCUAG